AUGUUUCGCAUUCGCAGAAUCUUGUCUUACCGUGCACUCGCAUCAUGCACCCGCAAUGCACUUUCUUCAUCGGAAACACGCUCUCUUCCUCAUUCCCAUUCCCCAAUUCUCCCUCCACCUUCAUUUCUAGGAGUAGGAAUCACAGAAAACCAGGGAUCAAUCUCUUUUGCAAGGCUUAUGUCUUCAAGAGCAUCAUCUGAGCAAGGAAAAGGAACAGAAAAGACAAAAAAGGAGAUAACAAAUGUUGAGAAUCCAUUUGAUGAUUCUCCAACAUAUAACAUUCCCGAGAAGCCUGUAACAUUUGUGGAGGGGGCGUCCUACAGUGUGAUCAUUCUUGCAGGGCUCGGAGUUGCGGCUGCUGCUGGAUAUGCUGUUUUCAAAGAGCUUAUAUUUCAACCCAAAGAGUUCAAGAUCUAUAACAAGGCUCUCAAAAGAAUUCAAGAUGAUGGUCAGGUCAGAGUGAGGAUUGGAUCCCCAAUUACAGGUUAUGGCCAAGAGAGUAGAAAUCGUGCUGCUCGUCAAAGAAUUCCCAAUAGGGUUUGGACUGAUGAGGAGGGUGUUGAGCAUGUAGAGGUUAAUUUCUUCAUCCGGGCCCCCCAUGGACAUGGAAAAGUAUUUGCUGAGAUGUUCAAAGGAGUUGAUGGUGAGUGGAAAUUCACAUACUUGAUUGUUGAGAUUAGAGCACCCUCUCCAGCACAAUUAAUUCUGGAGUCAUAUAUCCCAUCUUACAACACAAACAAGUAG